AUGAGACUUUGCAAGCUUUUGUUACUAGCAUCUUCUCUCAUCGGAAUUACAUUAGCAAAUGAAGAGCACAAUUCAAAUCAGCUAUUUUCAGAAGCAAUAGAUAUCCUUAGCCACAUACCGCAGCAAAUUGAUAACAGACAAUACAAUGACGAAAAUCAAGUGGUCAUAGAACUGCCCAUGGAUUAUAGCUUUGAAUUACAGCAAGAGAUAUACCAAUUUGAGAUGAAGCACAUGUCACCUGAGUUGAAAAAAGCUAGUUUAUUGUUAGAAGAAAGCUCAUCCUUGAACAAUGUUGAUGCUACAUAUUUAUUAGCAGAAAUGAAUCUAUAUGGAAAUUACAGCUUCCCAAGGAAUGGAAGUUUAGCACUAAGCUACUACAAGAAAGUUACAGAACUUUCUCAAAAUUCAACUGCAUAUUUUACACUUGGAUUCAUAUACUCAACUGGGUUAUUUGGGGAAGUUGAGCAGAAUCAAGCGAAAGCCAAUUUGUAUUAUAACUCUGCAUUUGAUUUAGGGGACCUUAGAGCUGGUAUGGUUCUAGGAUAUAGAUAUUUGCAUGGUAUAUCAGUACCAAUGGAUUGUGGGUCUGCAUUAUACUACUAUAGAUAUGUUGCAAGCCAAUUAUCAGAAUAUCUCAAAAAAGGACCAAUUGGUGGACCUUCAAUUGAUAGUUUCUCUAUACGGAUAGCUGAUUUCCAAGGUGGUAUCUAUGGUAAAAAUGUUGGUGAAUCUCCUAGCUCCUUGCAUAGAAAGGCUUCAAGAUAUGAUGAAGUUUUGAUGGGAAGUUCAUUAAGCGCUGAAGAGUCAUAUUACGCUGCACUAUACAUCAAAGCUCUUGGAUACUAUGAAGGUAGCUAUGUAAAACCAAGAAAUUUCAAACGUGCUUUUAAAUUGAUACUUCAUGCAACUGAAAAGGGGUUGAAAGAGCUCGAUCUGUUGAGCAAAAUUGAACUCAAUUAUUUGGCUAGAUGUUUCCAGAAAGUUGGUCGCAUGUAUAUGAGAGGUGAAGGUGUUGAAAUCAAUUUUGACGAGGCUCUCAAAUAUCUUGAGAAAUCACUAGAGAUACAGCCACUUUCAGCAGCUUAUAAUGACUUAGGGUUGCUACAUGAAUUUGGUCCUGAACAUUUGAGAGAUCCAGCAAAAGCCAAAGAUUACUACACUAAAGCAUCUACAAACAGCCAUCCUAAUGGGUUAUACAAUAUUGGUAGAAUCUUGGCUAGUGCCGGAAGUCCAAAAGCGUUUGAAUAUAUACAAAAAGCUGCCUUUUCGAGUGAUACAAAUGCUAUCUACGAGUAUGCACAAACACUUGAAAAUGCUGAAGAUUUGGAUUCUUGUGAUAGAACUGUUAUGAGUUAUAAAGUUUUUUCAGAAAAGAUAGAGCCAGUUAUCUCUUCACUUGAAUGGGCUUUCAAUGAGCUGAUCUCCGGAAGAUCAGAGAAUGCAUUAAUUGGUUAUGCUAUGGCUGCCGAACAAGGAUUUGAAACUGCCCAAUCCUCAGCAGCUUACUUGUUGUAUCAACCACCAAUGUUGACAGAAGAGGCACCAAUUAUACCCGAGGAGAGAAAGAAAAUGGCCCUUGUUUAUUUAACAAGGUCUUCCAACCAAUUCAAUGUCGAUUCCACAGUUUUGAUGGGUGACAUCUAUUUUGCGGAUGGUGUGUAUGAUAGAGCUGUCGCAUGUUAUGAGGCCGCUUCAUCAAGAUUAUCAAGCCAUGCAAGUUGGAAUUUAGGGUGGAUGUAUGAAAAUGGUAAUGGUGUUGAACAAGAUUUCCAUUUAGCUAAAAGAUACUAUGACCUUUCUUUACUUGGACAUCCAAAGGCCUAUUUACCUGUUCAGUUAUCUUUACUAAAAUUAAGACUAAGAAGUUUCAUCAACAAUAUCACUGGUGGUAAAGUUAAUAGUAUAAGUGAUGGUGAGGUGAAAAGAACUUGGGCUGACUGGAAGGCUCUUUACAGAAAGAUCAGAAGUUCAAGCUCCAAUUUCUUUGACGACGAUAAUGACAAUCAAGCAACACAUCAAAAUGACUUGAAUGAUAUUGGCCCAGGAGGCAACAACAGAGAUGCUAAUAUGAUUGAUGAAGAUACCAGUGAAGACCUGGAUGCUAUAUUAGAGAAUGAAGACUUUGUUGUUUUAUUAUUUUUUGUGAUUGUCUUUUUGAUCUUCUUUCUUUUGCAUAUCUACCAACAGAGACAACUUAGACAGAGGCGUGAAAACGGCGAGGCACCAAAUGCUCCGAACAUUGAGUUCAACUUCCGUGUUGUUGCCAUAUGA